UUCUGAUCCAACAGUUGUUCAUAAACAAUCCACAUCAGUGUGACACAGAAUGUGCCUGCACCCGAUGUUUGAUAUAUUUGUGCUCAAGUACACGCAAUAAUAAGAUUGUGAUCAGAAGCAAAGUCGAGGAGGACUUUAUAAACGAACGAAAGCUUGGAUCCAUCUGUAACCGUACGCUCUCAAACAGACAACAUCAAUCAAACAUCUGUUGCGCAUUCUUCUCUCUCCCUUGCGCUUUCAACGGCCAAACCACCGACGAUGGCAAUUCUGUGAUAAACUCCAACAAGAGAUUUUUCUUCUGUUCUCCAUUGGUUUGGUGUGGGAAGCGGUAAUGAUGGGGAGAGGAGAACCGGACGCCGACAUCGAGAUCAAGGUGUCGAAUCCGCCUCGGGGAGACAACGUGGUACACCCGGAGGGGCAGAAUAAUGGGGCCACAUCAACACUGCCGUCAAGGGCGUCAGGUCAGCGGUCGCAACAUCGUUCUGUCAGCAAUUUCAGGCCGUUCAAGAGGUGGUUCCCGUGGUUGGUGCCGGCGUUUGUUGUGGUUAACAUUUUGGUAUUCGUGGUCGCCAUGUAUAUUAAUAAUUGCCCCAAAAACUCCGUCUCUUGCGUUGCUAAGUUCUUGGGCAGAUUCUCCUUUCAGCCCCUUAAAGAGAAUCCCCUUCUUGGCCCUUCUUCUACAACGUUAGAGAAGAUGGGAGCCCUAGAAGUAAAUAAAGUGGUGCACAAACACCAGGCAUGGCGCUUGAUAACCUGUAUAUGGUUACAUGCUGGGGUCUUUCAUGUGCUUGCGAAUAUGUUGAGUCUUGUAUUCAUUGGAAUUAGGCUUGAACAAGAAUUUGGUUUUGUUCGGAUAGGCUUGCUGUAUGUCAUAUCUGGUUUUGGUGGGAGUUUACUAUCAGCUCUCUUUAUUCAAGCAAGCAUCUCUGUGGGUGCCUCUGGUGCACUUUUUGGUUUACUAGGAGGCAUGCUUUCAGAGCUUAUUACAAAUUGGACCAUAUAUGCGAACAAGUUGGCAGCAUUGUUGACUCUUGUCUUCAUCAUUAUAUUAAACUUAGCUGUGGGAAUCCUCCCACAUGUCGACAACUUUGCUCAUAUUGGAGGAUUUCUUUCUGGCUUCUUCCUUGGAUUUGUGUUUUUAAUUCGCCCCCAGUUUGGAUGGGUUAACCAAAAGUAUUGUCCUCCGGGAUACAUUGCACCUCCAGCUAAAUCUAAGCACAAGUCAUACCAGUAUGUGCUGUGGGUUAUCUCAUUGAUUCUGUUAAUUGUUGGUUUUACUCUCGGGCUGGUUUUUCUUCUCCGAGGAGUCAAUUUGAAUGAUCACUGUUCCUGGUGCCAUUAUUUGAGUUGUGUCCCUACUUCAAAAUGGAGUUGUAAUGCACAGCCUGUUUAUUGUGAGUCAAGCCAACUUGGAAAUCAACUGAACUUGACGUGCAUAAGCAACGGAAAAAGCAACAUGUAUAUGUUGUCUGGCAAUAGCUCGUCCCAGGUUCAGCAACUAUGUUCUCAGCUUUGCAAUUGAUGGAUGAACAUAUAUACAGAAUAUGGGAGGUAAUUGCUUGAACAUGCCAUUGACCGCUGUAAAUGAUACAUGUUGUUCUGUAGAGAACAUUCUUCAUUGUCCACAAGGGGAUCUUAGUUUUCAUUCUUUCCAGAAUUAUUUGUGGACCUCGGUCUUAAGAGAAUUUUUAUAAGAACAAUACGUUUGUCGGCUUUGUUCUUCUUUACUAUAGUCUUUAUAUGAAAAGAGCUGGAUGAUAAGAGAGUUCUAUUA